AUGUUCUCACGAAUCAAAAAUGUGUUCAAGCGCUCCGUCGCCUCACGAGUGUCUGGGCGCUGCCUUUCGAUCGAUCAUGACCCGGAAUCGCUUUACAGGUACUCUUCUGGACGCUGGCUCUGGAGAGAGGAGCUACAAAUGGCAUGUCGAUGGCGGAAGUUCAACACCACGGAACUCGCACAGGCUGCGGCGCCGGCUGCAGGGUCACGAUCCUGUGUAAAACUGGCCAAGCUAUCCGAGGGUAGCUUCAACAAAGCAUUCCUGCUCACCAUGGACGAUGGCAAGGAGAUCAUCGCCAAAAUACCCAACCCCAAUGCAGGCUAUGAGCAUUUCACCACCGCGAGCGAAGUGGCAACCAUGGAUUACGCGCGGAACAUCCUUGGUGUUCCUGUACCUCAAGUCUACGCUUGGAAUUCGUCUGCAGACAAUCCUGUUGGCGCGGAGUACAUUUUGAUGGAAAAGUGCCCGGGGAUCGAACUGCACAAGGUCUGGGACACGAUUACUGAUCGCCAAAAAGCUGCCAUCAUCCACAGACUGGUGAGCUAUGAAGCUGCGUUUGUGUCAUUGGAACUUCCCAUGUACGGGAGCCUGUACUAUGCGAAGGACCUCGAUUCCACGAACCGUGAUCACUGUAUCCUUCCACCGUCGGCCAAAGACACGAGACUCUCGGCAUUUGCUAUCGGCCCAACUACGGACAGAAAUUUCUUUGAUCACGGCAGGGCUGGCGCUACGGCAAAUCAAGGACCUUGGGCCACGGUCGAAGAAUACAACGUCGCGAUUGCCGAGCGUGAAAAAGCCUGUCUGCAGAGGUCAUCACAAUUUCCAGACCCGCAGGGAUUCUACAACGGCCCGGGACAAUACCAGCAGAUCUCCAGAACGAAGCUGCAGACCCUGCAAGAUUUUGAGAAAGUGGCUCAGUAUCUGAAGCCAACGGAUCCAAUCCUCUCCAAGCCAGUCUUCUGGCAUACUGAUCUACACUGGGACAACAUAUUCGUCGACGAGAACGACCCGACAGUAAUCACAGCCAUCAUCGACUGGCAGGCAGUACACGUCGCUCCACUCUUCGCACAAGCCCGACAUCCGACUUUUCUCGAAUUCGAUGGCGAAAUCCCAGACACUUUUGAUGCGGACGCCAUCAAGCUGCCCGACAACUUCGAAGAUCUCAGCGAAGAAGAGCAGCACGCUGCGAAAAAACUGCGCGGUGCGCAAAUAUUGUGGAAGCUGUACGAAGUUGAGCUCAUCUGCCAAUGUGACGACAUCAACCGGGCUAUUCGCUUCGGCAAAGGCCUGCUCGGUCGAUUGCCCAGUCUUGCAGGCAACAUUUUCAGCGAUGGCGAGCUACUCGUCCAGGACCUCCUGAUGAGUCUACAGCAGGAAUGGAGUCAGGUUGUGGACGAUCCCGUCGCCAACCCCUGCCCGCUGUCAUUCGCAGAUGCGGACAAAACAGCCCAUGAUGAACAAUUUGUGCUCUGGACGCAAAGCAUUGAGCUGAUGACUGACUUUUUGACGAGUAUUGGCGGAUAUCGUGGCUGGGACGGCUCAGUAUCGCAUGAACAAUACAACACAGCAAAAGAGCAUAUGAGAUUGUACAAGGAAGACUUCAUUUCACGGCAUUCGUCAACAGAGGCGGAGAGGACAAGAUGGCUGGAGGUCUGGCCUUUUCCAGACUGA